AUGGCGAAUCGUCAUCAUGAUGCCGAGAUACAAAAGAUAGAGGACGCAAACUUCACACUAUUCAGAGAUUGUCUCUCAGCACCAUUAAUCGAGAAAUCCAGUUCCAAACCCUCUAUUAAACAGAAGAAAGUAAGAAGCAAUCGAAGUGGGAGGAAAACUGCUAUAAAACCUGUAGUGGCGGUGGAGGAUAAGUCAGAGGACGAUGCUAGCGAAUUAGCCGAGUUUGUAGAUUACUUAGCAGAGGAGAUCUUCACAUCUUUACCAUCUGAUCUCCGGACCUUGACCUACUCAAUAUGGAUCAACACACCCUCACUACACAAGACAUACAGCAUUCCCCUCCCGGAAUCGACAGUCUCGCAUGUCAUCAAUACCAUGGCACCAUCAGUCAUGGACACACUCUCAGCCUACCUCUCAGAUCCGCAGCUCGAGACGAAUAAUAUAUUAGUCCGAGCAUUAAACGCAUAUACAGAAACAUUACUCACAGCACCACCCCCGCCGUCUCUAACCAAAGACAAAGCUUCCGGCUGUGAAUUGUGCGAGAGGAGUUGGAUACCAUUGACAUAUCACCAUCUUAUCCCUAGGGAGAUGCAUCAGAAGGUUUUAAAGCGGGGAUGGCACACUGAGGAUCAGUUGGGGAAUGUUGCUUGGCUUUGUAGGGCGUGUCAUAGUUUUGUGCAUAGGGUUGCUUCGAAUGAGGAGUUGGCGAGGGAUUGGUAUACGGUGGAGAGGUUGGAGGAGAGGGAGGAUGUUAUUGCUUUUGCGAAUUGGGUUGGUGGUGUGAGGUGGAAAGCUCGAUAG